CCCGCCAUGAGCCAAAGUUUUGACCACAGUUAUGACGGCACCGACGCCACUAUGGAACUUGUUGAACUUCACGAUCAUCCCGAGUACAUAAACGCUUGCUGUGAGAUCUUGAACAACCAAUGGAAACGCAGUCAUGCGGCUCGGUACCACAGCCUCAGCAAAUCCAGCAGCGAUUUGCCCGUCUCGCUGGCACUGCUCGGCUAUCGAGACGGCCUGGAUGGCCAAGUGAUUGGCCAUGCCAAGCUCUCUCGCGUGCUGCACGAUGACGAAGCCUGCUUUGUCGAAUCCGUUAUAGUUAUUCCAGAGGAAAGAGGAAAAGGUUUUGGAAAGCUAGUCAUGAAGCUCACUGAAGAGUAUGCUCGCAAGAAAGGGUUCACGAAGUGCUACCUCUCAACGCAUGACAAAGAACAGUUCUACGAGGCUAUAGGAUACACGAUCUGCGCUCCUGUAUGUGCGAUUUCAGGCGCAGCGAUCCACGUGGACCGGCUUGCGAGGCUCUUUAACGGCAAACCAAAGGAAUCUCCUGCGAAAGGCAUAUCGCUUGGCAAGGACAGUUCACAGAAAGUUCACUGCCCAGAGACGCCAGGAAAGCUGCCAGUGCCGCCACCACCUCCACCCCUGCCUUCACCACAGCAGAAAGUGAAUGCGAACAAUGAGGUGUGGAUGAUGAAAAAGUUGUGAAAGAGACGCUCUGGAAGAUCAACUGAACUUUGUU